AUGAACUCUCCCUCAUCAUGGUCACUAUCAGGACAGCCAGCACCAGGACAACAGGGUUACAAUGCACCGCUGCAAAGUCCAGGUAUUGGGAGUGCUGGAAGCGGGUCUACCAGUUACAUUGGCGCAGGUGGUUCAAAGACACCCUCUGGCAACACGAGUCGUGGAGAAGGAGCUACUGGAUCAAGGACUCAGUUUCAUGCACCCCUGGAACCUGAGGUAGUCGCACGACUGGACGAGCUGUUCUUCAAGUUUCUACAGAGGAUUUGCUCCGACUUGAACGUCUGUGACUCCAAGGGUGACCCCAUUCAUCAACCGCUGAUGGCAAAGAAAAUGCAGAGGCUAGAAGCGUCGACCGACUUUCGUCCUUUCAAGUUCCGUAUCCAGGCCUUCACGAACGCCUUUCACGAGUCGCUUGUCCGCGAGGGACUGACAGAGGAUAUUCUCCCACUGCGGAAGGUGAAGGUGUAUCUCUGGAAACAUCGAUAUAUUUCCCGGUUCAAUGAGGACGGCAAGAAGCAAAAGUCCAAGGGCAACCAUGUCUGGAACAUUGAGGCUCGUAAACGACCCGACCCUUCUUCAGCUUUGUCUGCCUCAUCCACCACUGGAAGCGUGACUGCAACGUCUGGCUCAACGACAACUGGUCUAUCAGGCGCAGGUUCACCUGAGAUCAAGACUGUCGAUGGAGCCGAAGUCACGUCGACGCCGCAGGGCAAGUGGGAGUUCCGAGAGUACUCCAGUCGGAUUGCAGGUCAAAUCAUCAAAUUUGCGCGUGUCGGUGUCCCCUACAUCUAUGCUCCCCGGAUCUGGGAUGCGCAGAUGUCUUGUCCUACGGCUGAUUUUACGAGUCCUUGGUUGCCAGGAUGGCUCAAAUGGCACAAGGGCGAGCUCCGGGGGAUCCCAGGGCCAGAUGACAAGUCGUGUACAAUUACAGUGAUUGCAGAGUACGUGCGCGAGGGGGAGAAGUGUCGGCUGGAGAUGGAUUUCCCCUUGACAGUAUCGGAUCCUCAGAAGGAAGGAGAUUUGAUGGACGAAGACACCCAGGAGCAGGACCAAGAGGAGGAAGAGGAUGAAGACGAGGAGCAGGGUGGUCAGGAGGGGGGGUCAAGUCAAGGCGAGGAUGAUGCAGAGGAAGAAGGCGUAGAGGAUGACGAAGAUGUGGACGAUGAUGAAGACGAGUUCGAUGGUGAGAAAGAGGGGAAGCAAGCCCAGGCCAAGGCAUCCCCUGAGCGCCGUAGCAAGCGUAGACGACAGACCUAA